AUGACGAAGUGGUCGAGGAUCUUAGUGUUCGUGGUUGUGAUCUUGGCUCUCUGCGUGUGCGUGUAUGGGAGGUCAGUUCCUCAACUCGGGACUAUCUACAUGGGUGAUUCAAUCUUCGACGUGGGCACAAACAAAUACGUGAAGAAUUCAGUUUCGCGCUGUGAUUUUGUGCCAUAUGGGGAGACGAGGUUUAGCAAGCCAUCCGGGAGGUGUAGCGAUGGGUUUAUAAUUCCAGAUCUGAUAAACAAGGCGAUAGGUUUGCCCUUUUCAAGACCAUUCCUGGGCUUGAAAGCUGGGAGUCAACUUCCACCAAGCAUUAAUUUUGCGUCAGACGGCAGUGGCUUACUCGACUCUACUCACUCGGACUGGGGCGUUGUGUCGUUUAACGAGCAGCUAAAGCAGCUCGCGCAGCUCUCCAAGAAAAAUCUCAAUCUCAAUGAUUUUGUGGUUGUGAUAUCUUCUGCUGGGAAUGAUAUUGCGGCAAAUCUUCAAAACAUUGCUGAUAUUGACUUGAAAGCAAUGUUAAUGUCAUUAGAGAAAGGAUUGGAACAGCUAUACAAGUAUGGAUUUCGAAAGAUCGUCUACUCAAGUGUGGGGGCACUAGGGUGUUCACCUAUUGUGACCUCUGGAGGAAAAUGUGUGAGCGAGAUUAACAAUCUGGUGGAAGAAUUCAAUGUGCAAGCUCGGGAGAUUGUUUUAGGGGUGGCAAAGAGAUUUCCAGGGAUGAAAGGAACAUUUGUGGAUGGCUACUCUUUGAUUAAAUCGUACGUGGAGAACCCAAAGAGCCAUUUCAUCCGUUUGAACGUCAAUGCACGGGAUCAACAGAUUUUGGGAGGCUACUGUUGUUGUUUGAAUCGAAUCGUACUUGCUAUUUCCCCAGUCCGACUUCACCAAUCGAUCAACUAUACAACGCCACUUGCCAGGCUACUUGCUGCGAUGAUUCUCCACGGGCUCCCUCCGCGUUGCCAUUGCCGUCAGCGACAUAGACUCCCUCAAUAUCGGUUUGCCAAAAGAGCCGAGGUGUACAUGACAGAGAACUGGCAACUCUUACGAGGAAAGAUGGAUCUGAAGUUCGAUCCAGCCUCCAAGACGAGCGACCUCCUGCCGUGA